CAGGGGGUAUAGCACAGGCCCGUUCGCGCCCAGAUUGGGGGGAUGUCUCGGGCGGUUUGCCUGCUUGGGUGCCCAACAAUCCUUUUCUUUCGGAGUCCGUAGCCAUUUUAAGGCCCUCUGCCUUUGUCACGGGGGGAAGGCACCAUGACGCGCGCCUGCAGCCUGGCCUGCCCAGUACUGUCGGAGAUGUACGAGUGCUCGAGCAAUGCUUCGAAAGGCACCUCGUGCUCGGGGGCAUCUCGUCGCGUGUGCUUCAGCUCGGAGGUGCACCUGUACCGGUACGAGCAGGUCUCAGGUGAGCAGGCGACGGCGGAGCCCCAGGCCGCGGCGGAGGACGCGGGCCCCGCCGACGCCGUGCGCGUCCGGCUGGCCUCCGAGCGGCAGAGCUGCCGGGGCUCGCGGCGGGCCUCCCCGUGGGGGGAGGGCUGGCCGGGGCUGCCGUCGGUGCAUGCGCUGGCGCCGCAGGAUCCAGACCAGGAUGGCGACGGCAGCACGUUCAAGAAUGCCUUCCAGGAGUCCGCGGAGCGCCGGCGCAUCCGGCGCAGCGCCACGCCCAAUGUCGGAUCGGGCUCGUGCCAGGUGCCCUCCAUGGUCAACUCGAUGAUCUGGAGGCGGCGCAACUCGACGUCUCCGCCGCUGCCGCCGCACCGCGUCGCCGCCAACGCCGUCUGAGGCGCGCGGCGGGGGCCGCCACAGGGGGCUCCCGAUCGCGGGGCGCCGCCCGCGGCGCGCCAGAGUGGGUCCUCCAAGGCGGGGCGCCCCACGCCUGGCGCCGCGGGGUUGCCGUGCUAAGUUGUUCCGAGUGGCCGGAGACACGAUUCCCAUGACCCACGGUGGUCGUUCUUGGGGUAAUAAGUUAUUUGGCCUUCCUUUGACAUUGAGGGCGCAGCGCAGUAGAGUUGGCGGGCCUCGAGGGCUUCGCCCACAACAGAACGUCAUCACUCGUACCUCGCUUUUUCAGUUAUCUCUCUACAGAGGUUUUAAUUGUUGUCACAGAGAUGUGCUAGCUGUUUGUUAAUCACUGUGCAUGCUCUACUUUGGACAAAUUCCGAAGUGCCACCCUUUCCCCAGCAACGCGAGGGAGGCUGGAAUAUUUUUUCCAGUCUGACAUUUUAGUGGGCUUCACUCCUUCUUCCUUCUUGUGCUUCUCCACGCCCUUCCUUCGCCCCGCUCCCCCCUUGCUCCUCCGCCUUCUCAUCUGCCUCAGCGAUGAAGCUAUGGCGAAACACUUUGGUUUUUAAGCCUCGCUGUUCGACAGUUCGCACUCGAGCGGAGCUAAUUAGCGCGUCCAUGUCACGUCCCGUGGUCGUCCCUGGCAGGCUGACCCCAAUGAAUUCGCUGUCGGGCCGGCCAGUUGUGGUAGCGCAGAGGAGGUGACACUGGGGGGCGUUGGUGGCGUGGGGUGGCGGGAAAGCAGCAGAACAUCCACACUGCGGCGUUCGUCGUACCAUUUUUGUUUUUUUUGUUUUUGCGCAUCCCUGCGCGUCGCCCGAUUCAUGCCGCGGAGGUGCGAGGGGAAUUAUCACAGCCCUCCUCUCUCCUCCUCCUCCUUCCUCCUCCUCCUCCUCCUCCUCCUCCUUCUCCUCCUCCUCCUCCUCCUCCUCCUCCUCCUCCUCCUCCUCCUCCUCCUCCCUGAGUCUGGUGCACGCGCGUUGAGUCAGGUGCGCUUUUUUGUUUUUGUUUGGCAUCGGCGGCGGCUCACCCGCCCUCGACGCCAGCGGCCUCGACCGCAACCGCGGCCAGCAAGCCAUGGCGCAACCGGCCUCCCACCAGUGGCCACGGCGCCAGUGCCCUCCUGCUGCAGCCGCAGCGCGCCCACGGCCCAUGCCGUGGCCGCGACCAGCACCGGCCCUCACUGUGGCUCUUGACCAGUGAGGAGCUCGGGCGUCGUGUUUUUUUGGGUGCCCAUGGGCACGGCGGGCGCAGAGGGGGCACAACGACGAGCGCUCCCCGCGCCUGGCCGCACGCGUCCCCUCCCGCAUCCCCUCGUCCCUCGCCUCCUCCCUGCCUCUCCGUCGGGCGAGGACGGCCGUGCGCGCGCGCGGGCCCCCAGCUGGGCGGAGCCCGGCCCGGCGCCCGCCCAGGGCGCCGCCAGCGCCCAGAGCGCCGGGGGGCGCCUGCAGCGCCGCAGGCGGUGCUGGCCAGCCUGCGCGCGCGCGGCGCCCGAUUGGGGCUCGAGACACGGGGGUCGGCGCAAACGUCGGCAUUGGGGGGGGGGGAACGACCGGCGAGGCGACAGGGGAGUGGAGAGGAGCAGCAUGGCACGUGCGCUCUCUCGGCGGCCAGCGGUGGGCCGCCUCUGCUUCUUCGAGGCGCGUCGUGGGAUGGCCACGGGCCGACCAGCGACUGGCCGCCUCUGCUUUUCGAGGCACAUCCUCGGGUGGCCACGAACUCGCAGGCCACGCGAGCUGCCCCGGCCCGCCCCUCGCGGCGGGGCGGCGCGCCUCCCCCCUGCGAGGCGAGCGCCACGGCAUGCGCUCCUCGGGGGAAUCGGGCGCGGCGCGCGCCGCGGCUCCGGGCGCGCGCGGAAGGCUGCGCGCGCCGAAGGCCGCGGCGGCCGGGCGCGCGCGGCAGACCGCUCCGGACUGACGGGGCGAUCGAGAGGG